AUGCGCUUCUCCACUCUCUUCCUCGGUGCCGCCUCCCUUCUCGCUGCUGUGGCCCCUAGCAUGGCCACUGCCAUCGACAGCAGUUUGAACAAGAGGCAGACGUUCAGCAACGAACGCUUCACCUACUACGAAGUCGGCGGCGCCGCCGGUGCUUGUGGUCAAACCCACAGCGACUCUGAGUUUGUCGUCGCUCUCAACGCUGAUCAAUACGGUUCUGGGUACCCCGGCCCCCACUGCUUCCAGACGAUCACCAUCACCGCCAACGGUAAGACUCACACCGCUGAGAUCGUCGACAAGUGCCCUGGCUGCCCCUACGGCGGGCUCGACUUCUCGCCCACCCUCUUCGAAUACUUCGCUCCCUUGAGCCAGGGCGUCCUCACCGGCAGCUGGCACUUCAACUAA